AUGCAAGGGAUCAGAUAUGACAGUGCAAAUCCGAAUGGGGCAUCUAAGAUCAAUGUGCUCGAUCUAUCCAUAUUCACCAUCGAUACCGUACAGAGACUGAUAGAUUACCUCUAUCUCGGCGAUACCCUUCAGGACUAUGCGGUUCAUGAGUACUCAAAGACAUUACUUACAUUUUCUUUUUCUGAGCUUAUCCGCUCGAUUGAUCCUGUGUACUCCACGAGCUCGAGGGAACACAGCGCGCUGCGACUUGCAGUACUGGACUAUGCUCAAAUGAGAGUGAUAGAGUCCGGGAUUCCACCACUGAAGACGGUAUGGGUUACCGAGAUGAACGAAAACUGCCCAGAUUGGUUGUAUCGAUUGGGUCACAGAGAGCUCGCCCUUGCCAAGCUACAGGGCUCCGAAAUCAGGGAUUCAUUGUCGCAUGCAAUGACCAGACAAUCUCGCAACUGUCAAAGGAUCUCUGACUGCUCAUGA